AUGUCUGCCGUUGCUGCGAAGGAGUCCUACCUCCACCCUCUCGACCCCGCCACGGCCGAAGAGAUUGAGAAGGCCACCGCCCUAGUUAAACAACUCUUCUUUGGCAUCCCUCUCCACUUCAAGGCUGCCGGCCUGGAUGAGCCCCCCAAGCGGGAUCUGUCUGCCUAUCUCGAUGCUGAGCACGAGGGCAGACCGCUUCCUCCUCUCCCUCGUCGGGUCUUUGUUGAGCAGUAUCAGGAGCUUCCCCGCGACUUCCAUGGUCCUGUCGACCGUGCUGAGAUGAAAGAGGCCGCUGAGGUCGUCAUGAAGGACCCCAACAUUGACGACACCACCAUCGUCCUCGACCCCUGGGACUUUGGUGUUGAUGGAACCGAGACACAAGAAAGACACACACAGGUCUUCAUGUACAUCUGCAACCCUGAGAACAAUGAUCCCGACUCUUGCCACUACUCCUUCCCUCUCGACUUCAUGGUCAUCGUCGAUCUUGUUGCCAUGAAAGUAAAGAAGAUCCUCCGUCUACCUCUUGGUGUGGACCAGAAGACCACCGAGAAGAACCCUCCCCGAACGACCAUGAAGCCUUACCAGGUCAUCCAGCCAGAGGGUGCUUCAUUCACCGUCAAGGGGCACCUGAUUGAGUGGGAGAAAUUCCGCUUCUGUGUUGGUUUCAACUGGCGAGAGGGUACGACCAUUCACGAUGUUUCCUUCAUGGGCCGCAAGGCGUUCUACCGUCUCUCUCUCUCUGAGAUGUUUGUCCCCUAUGGCGAUCCUCGUAACCCAAUUUACCGCAAGGGCGCUUUCGACCUUGGCAAUGUCGGUGCAGGUGUGACUGCCAACAACCUGGCUCUUGGGUGCGACUGCCUAGGAGUCAUCAAGUACCUUGGCGGCCAUGUUGUCGGAAAUGAUGGUACUGCCGUCGAGAAGCCCAACGCCAUCUGCAUCCACGAGGUCGACCAAGGCAUCCAGUGGAAGCACACCAACCACCGCACCAAGAACGCCACUGUAGUCCGCAAGCGACAGCUUGUUCUGCAGCAGAUCAUCACCGUUGCCAACUACGAGUACAUCUUUGCUUGGAUCUUUGACCAGUCUGGCGAGAUCACCUAUGAGACCCGCGCCACCGGCAUUCUCUCCACUCAACCAAUCGAUGCCGAUGCCAAGGUCCCAUGGGGAACUCGUGUCGGCGACGGUGUCAUGGCUCCCUACCACCAGCACAUCUUCAAUGUCCGCAUUGACCCUGCCGUCGGCGGCCGCAACAACUCCUUCGUCUACUCCGGCUCGGUCCGCAUGGACUGGGACGAAGAGCUCAACCCCCUGGGCACCGGAUACGUCACCAAGGAGACCACAUUCCACCGCGCCAGCUCCGUCCAGGACAGCGUCGCCGACGGCCGCGUCUUCAAGAUCGUCAACCCCAACAUCGAGAACCCCCCGGGCUCCUGGCACUGGCGCCGCUCCGAGUUCUGCGAGGCCCCCAUGUGGGUGACAAAAUACCAGGACCGCCAGCUCUUCCCCGCGGGCGACUACACCAACCAGUCCCUCGGCGGCACGGGGAUCAAGAGCUGGACCACCCACAACCCAGACCCCGUCGUCAACGAGGACAUCGUCGCCUGGCACACGUUCGGCUUCAACCACAUCCCCCGCGUCGAGGACUUCCCCAUCAUGCCCGCUGAAAUUGCGCAGAUGCACCUCAAGCCGUACAACUUCUGCAACUACAACCCCACCAACGACGUGCCUCCCUCGAACCAGGAGUUUAACAAGAGCGUGCUGUAUGAGGACCAGCAGGCUGCUUCUGCCGAUUUGUGCUGCCGAAACAAGCUGUGA